GCAGUGCCCGCUGGCGUUGUGUAAGGCGUUUUGUAACCGCGGCCGGGCCUAAUCCCGGCGUCUGCCAGCACUGCCUGCUGUGUCCCGGCACCCGCACCCGCACCCGCACCGGCACCGGACCGGCACCCGGACCAGCACCCGCACCCGCACCGGACCGGCACAGCCGGACGCUGGCACAACUGGACUCCUCCAGCUCAGCCAGAUGCCUCCGCACUGCCGGACCCCCAGGCACAGGCAGAGCCCCACAGCACUGCUGGACCCCCCCGGCACACCGGACCCCCUCGGCACACCGGACCCCCCUGGCACACUGGACCCCCCACCACAGCUAGACCCCCUCACAGAGCCGGACCCUCUGAUGCUGCCGGACCCCCCUGGCACAGCCAGUGACACCGGGGAGGACGUGGGGCUGCAUUGUGCCUCCCCACCACUGCCCCCUGUCACGGUGACAUCCUUCUCGGGCACCAUCCGCCUCUACCACAGUGCCAUUGAGGGGUCCCCUCCAGCCCCCCCCGGCAGACCCCUGCUGCUGCUGCUGCCUUGGCUGGGGGCACGGGCACGGGGGCUGGCACGGUAUCUGGCGCUCUACCUGCGCCACGGCAUGGACGUGCUGGUGGUGGGGACAACGGUGUGCCACAUCCUGUGGCCAUGGCAAGGGCAGCGCCUGGCAGGGCAGCUUCUGCGGCUGCUGGACCACUGCGGAGAUGGUGGCAUUGGUGGUGGUGGUGGCAGCGAUGGUGACGGCAGUAGUGGGUGUGGUGCUGGUGGCAACGGUGGUGCUGGUGGCAGUGGUGGCUGUGGCCUGGCCACCCGCCCGCUGCUGGUGCACGCCAUCUCUGCCGGUGCCUACACCUUUGCCCAGGUGCUGCUGCUCCUCCACCACCAGCCCCAGCAGUGCCAACGCCUGGCACCGCGCUUCCGUGGCAUCAUCUACGACAGCCUGGUGACUGGUGGCUUCGGGGACAUGGCGCAGGGCAUCGCUGGCACAGUGGGCACGCCGUCCCUGCGGGCCCUAGUGCGUGCCGGUGCCUGGCUGUACCUAAGGGUGCUGGGGUGCUGGGGGGGGCAGGAGUUUGAGCGGGCACGAGGCGCUUUCGCCAGCCCCCCCCUGCGCUGCCCCCUCCUCCUCUUCUACUGCCUGGAUGAUGGGCUAAGCCAGCCAGCAGUGCUGCGGGCGCUGCUGCAGGGCUGGCGGGCACAGGGCAUCCGUGCCCAUGCCUGGGGCUGGCCACACUCCCGCCAUGCCGCCCACCUGCGCCAGCACCCCGCCGAGUACUGCCGCACCCUGCUCGCCUUCCUGCGCUCACUGGAGGGCCCCCCUCCCACCAAGGCCAGGCUCUAGCAGGGGCCAUCCCACCCCAGGACGAACAGACGGAGUGGCACUACCAGCCCACGUGAGACCACGAGGCCACAGGGCACCACGGCUGGCUGCUGCGGUGCCAGGGUCAGAGCUGUGCCAAGGGUGCGAAGGUGUGCCAUGGUGCACAAGGUCAUGUCCAUGGUGUGCAAACCUGUGCCAUGGUGUGUAAGGCUAUGCCCAUGGUGUACAAAGCCAUGACAUGGCAUGCAAGACCAUGCCAUUGUGUGCAAGGACAUGCCAACAGUGUGUAAACCCGUGCCAUGGUGUGCAAAGCUGUGCCAUGGUGUGCAAGGCCAUGCCACGGUGUGCAAACCUGUGCUACGGUGUGCUAAGCCUUACCCACAGUGCACAAGGCCAUGGCAUGGUGUGCAAGGCUGUGACAUGGUGGGCAAGGCUGCGCCAGCGUGCAAGGACAUGCCCACAGUGUGCACACCUGUGCCACAGGGUGCAAUGCCAUGCCACAGUGUGCAAAGGCUGUGCCUGUGGUAUGCAAACCUGUCCCACGGUAUUCAAGGCCGUGCCAGGGCGUGCUACCUCGUGCCCCUGGUGUGCAAACCUGUGCCACAGCGUGCAAGACCAGGCCAGUGCACAAUGCUGUGCCCAAGGUGACCACGCUAGC